AACAACACUUUGUAACUACUAGGAACAGAACAACUUUGUUUAUAGUUUAGUUUUAAGCAAGUCUUAAGACUAAAGAUCAAAUUUUUUUUCUUGGUUUAGGUCUACCAACUGGUGGUUACCGAUUCAGACCCUUAACCAUCAAAAACCAAAAUAUUCUCUUCACCAAGAUAAAAACAACCACCCCCACAAUACCAAUUUUCUGUUCUUAGUACAAACCAACAAAAAUUAUUAAAGAAAAAUAGAAGCUUCUAGGGAGAGUUUUUGAGCUGACCCCACUUAAGAAAGUUUGGUAUUAUUGAAAAGGAAUAUAUUAUUAUUAUUUUCUGCUUUUUGUUUUUCAUGAAAUUUCUGGAUUGGAAGGUUGGAGUUGAUUAUUCUUUGCUUUUUCUUGUUUUUCAUUAUUUUUUGUUUGUUGAAUAUUUUUUUGGUUGGUGUCAUUGUUCAAUGAUAAGGAGGGGUUGGUAUGCUUAGGAUCUUUAGGAUCAGUUUUUGUCUCCAUAUUGGGAAGCUUUGGUUUUGAGCCAAUUAGGAGUUGUGCUUUCAAUCACUCUCUUUGCUUCUCUCUUUUUCUCUUCUGUGCAGUGUGCUCCCUUAGUUGAAAGCACAAAGACAAGUUCGUUUCUUUCCAGCUCCCAAAAGAAUUUCUUCCAACACUUUGCUAAUGAUUUGUAGUUCGAUCGAGUCACUUGAGCAGGAGGUUGUGAUUCUUGAGACAUUAUAGGGAUACAUAUAAUGUCUGCUUACUAUUCAAAUUUGUCCAAUCAAAGAGAGGUUUUGCCAAUGUCCUUUUUGCCAGACCAGAAAUUUGAUUCUUAUCACUCAGCUGGUCUUUCUGAUAGUUCGAUUCAUUUAAACCAGCAUUCUUCUACGGUUUCAUACUCGGAAUUGCCUGCUCAGAACUAUGGUGAAGUUCAAACAAUAAGAGGCAAAGAUGAGAUGCUGUUCAUUCCACCAACCAGUGAAUCGGGAGGUAUGCAACCAAUUGGUAGGUCAGUGAAUGCUUCACCCAACUUUUUGGAUAAUUCAGUUAUGAUGGAUCCUCGUUCGUUUCCAACGAAACAGUUUUUUGUGCCCAACGUUGAACAAAGCCUUCAAAAUCAAGGACUAUCUCUUAGUUUGGGUACGCAAGUUCCACCUUCGCUUCAUGUGUAUUCGUAUCAAGAUGACUAUACGAAUUCGAGUCUAUCUUCUUUGGUGGGUACUCAUGUUUUGCACUCAGAGCAGGGAUCUGAAAACAAGGAAUCUAAAGUUGCCGAGUACUUGUCAUUUGACUUAUCUAGAGGAACUAGAGCUGCAAAUAAUCCCCAAAACUCCAUGAGCCUCAGAGAUAUGAAUUCUGGUGCACGUUCCAUUUACAACUCGAAAUAUCUAAAGGCUGCUCAAGAUUUGCUUGAUGAAGUAGUUAAUGUUCAGGAAGCACUGAAACAAUCAGAUAGACUACGUAACUUCAAUUUGCUCGGGCAAAAUCGUUUUGAAGAGGCUGAUCUCAAAUCUAGUUGUUCAGCUUCUGGUAUAUCUGGUGAUCAUAAUAAUUCAACUAAAGGUGAACUUUCACCUGCUGACCGACAUGAUCUCGAGAGCAAGAUGACAAAACUCUUUUCCAUGUUGGAUGAGGUGGAUAGGAAAUACAAAGAAUAUUACCAGCAGAUGCAAGCAGUGGUAUCUUCAUUUGAGAUGGUUGCUGGACUUGGUGCAGCUAAACCAUACACAUCACUUGCCCUUAAAACCAUAUCUCGCCAGUUUCGCUGCUUGAGGGAUGCAAUCAAGAAGCAGAUUCAAGUUACUCGUCGAAGCUUGGGAGAGCAAGGUGAUAGUCAAGGGGAAAGAUUAUAUCGUCUCCGUUACGUGGACCAGCAACUGAGGCAGCAAAGGUCCCUUCAGCAAUUUGGUAUGAUGCGCCAGCCUUGGAGGCCACAAAGGGGCUUGCCGGAGACUGCUGUUUCAGUCCUUCGUGCUUGGCUUUUCGAACAUUUCCUCCAUCCCUACCCAAAAGAUUCUGAGAAAAUCAUGCUGGCAAGACAGACAGGUUUAACAAGAAGUCAGGUGGCGAACUGGUUCAUAAAUGCUCGGGUGCGCCUCUGGAAGCCCAUGAUUGAAGAUAUGUACAAGGAAGAGUUUGGUGAGGCGGAAGCAGGAUCCGGAGCUUCACCAGACCGUGCUCCAGAAGAGUCCAAAGAAAAGUCAAUAGCUGAGAACACAGGAGAAGAGAUUCCUGAAAGCUUUACUACACCAGCUGUUAAUUGCAGUCAUCUCGACCCCUCUGACGAGUCAAGUAAUGUUGUUACCAAUGUACAAAAUAAUUCAUUCAUAACCAAAUUUAGUUUUCAAGACGGUGCUUAUGAACAUGAGAAAAUUGAUGCUGUCAAUACAUACCACGCCUCCAUGUUAGGUGAUAUAAUGGGGAAUCAAGUAUCACUCGCUCUACGUCUACAAAACAGUCAAAUUGAUCAGCAGCCAAUAUCUGGUAGGACACAGUUAGCAGAAGAUGACAAGACAGGAUCGACUCUGGACAUUAGCAAAGGAGAAUAUUAUUACAUCGACCCAGUAAACCAGCAAGAGAGGUUUUCAGGGCCUCAUCUGCUAUCCGAUUUUGUAGCAUAAUGGUUUCUUGCACAUAUUGGUUAUAAGACCUUUUUUGCCACUUAUUGUAUCAUUGAGAAUUUGGGUUACCAAAUAUGUGAAUAUACCAAUGGAUAAUCCGUCUGUAUAAAGGAGAUUGUGAAUAGUUUAGACUUAGAAUCCUCAGGUGAUAUACAUAUAUGUAAUUUUGUGCUUGAAUAUGAGAAUAAAGGUCGCAUAGAAUUUGAAAUGGUAAGUUUCUCUUCCACCAUUUUACAGCUAGUUUGUGGAACCUUUAUAAUAUUCUAAGAUACCAAUGAUUUUCCUUUAGGGUUGGUUAAUGUCUUGCUCUGGGACAUAGAGGAUAUGCCUGAAGGAUUCCUAAAGCUAGCUACAGAUGAAAAUAUGGCAAAAGCACUAGACUUGGAUGUGAACAUAGUUUAUGGCAUUGGGUACCUUCUUCAUCAUUCUUUAGUUUAAUUGGAUGUGCGGGCACACUAAGAUGGAUAAGAUUAUGAAUGAAGAUAUUCGGGAGAAGCUGCGCUUCGCCCCCAUGGAUGACAAGCUGCGGGAAGCAAGACUCAGAUGAUUCGGGCAUGUUCAGAGGAGAAGCCUAGUUGCGCCGGUGAGAAGGUGUGAGUGGCUGGCUUUGGUGGGCAUGAGGAGAGGUAGAGGGCGACCUAAGAAGUAUUGGGGGAGAGGUGAUCAGGCAGGACAUGGCGAGAUUUCAGAUUACCGAGGACAUGGCUCUAGACAGGAAGUUGUGGAGAUCGAGCAUUAAGGUUGUAGGUUAGAAGGUAGUUGGGAAUAUCUAUACGGCGCUCCAAAGUGAGGCUAGUCUGUUAGGAGUUGGUCUUAGAAUGUUAGUGGUUAAUGUUGAGUUCACACUACUCUUUCGUUCCUCUUAGUGCUGUGCUUUAUCUACUGGUUAUUGUUUUGCUUUUCACUUAUUUUUUGGUUCUAGUAAUGCUGUUCUUUGUUCUAUGGUUUC